AUGCCUACUUCUAUGGUAUUCCAACAUCAGCUGGCCACUAGCAUCGUUGACGUGGAUGACAAAAAAAGGCGGAAGACGAUCCAGAAUCGGCUAAACCAGAGAGCCCGCCGGCUUCGUCUACGAGCAAAAUGCCAGUUACAAGACAGCCAUCCAUACCGUGUACAUCGAUGGCGGCUCAGCAACGAGCUCGAGCCCACCAAUACCAACUUGAACGCUCUACAUAUCGUCCGACAUUCCACAAAGGCCUCCGAGGCAUCAAGUUUGUCAAGUUUCCUGCCUGACUCGGAGGUAGAUCCGCCGUCGGCUGCAGCCCUACUGGUCCUCCCGACGGCACCGGGGCAACACUCUCCCAGUUCGCCGCUAUCAGCCGACUAUUUACUCCACCUCAUCCAAUAUAACGUCUUUCGAGGCCUGUACAGCAAUAAACUGACACUAGGUCGGUCCGCGGUCUCUUGGACUCGAGAUAGCCCACCUGCUAGAUUGGACGAGCUGUAUCAUUCGUACUCUGUUGUUCUCCCCAUUGGCCCGGGUAUCCCUCAUGAUCUUGACCCCACCCAUCGCAGAUGA